AUGGCUUCUGUCGCAGAGGCCCGCCGCAGUCCCUUUUCGGGCGACCCUCACCAUCCCAACCUGCACAAGUCGAUUCCCAUCCUGCCCUCGUCCAGCCCGAGGCUUGCGGCGUCCCGGGACCCCAUGGACAUCACGCCCUCGUCGUCGAACAUGGGCCCGCCCAACGAGCGCACCCAAUCGGUCUCGUUCCAGCUGCCGUCGCAAAGAGAAGGAAACGGCGAUUCGGAAAACACUUCGCCUCCCAAUGGCAACACGGCGCCUGCAGUGGGCGCUGCCGCAGCUGCACAACAGCCCAAGGUCGUCCAGACGGCCUUCAUACACAAGCUAUACAACAUGCUCGAAGACCAGAGCAUUCAGCACCUCAUCUCCUGGGCGAGCACUAACGAGAGUUUCGUCAUGUCCCCCUCUAGCGAGUUCUCCAAAGUCCUUUCGUCCUACUUCAAGCACACCAACAUUUCCUCAUUUGUGCGCCAGCUGAACAUGUACGGCUUCCACAAGGUGAGCGACGUUUUCCACACUGGAUCGCCAGACACCCCGCUAUGGGAGUUCAAGCACGGCAACGGAAACUUCAAGCGAGGCGAUCUGGUCGGUCUGCGCGAAAUCAAGCGACGUGCUUCUAGACAUGCCCUCGUCCAUCGCGAGUCCUUCCCCGCGCCCAAAAUGCCCCUUGGCCCACCAGCUGGGCAGGCGGUCGACCCAAUGCCGGACCCUGUCGAGUCACGUCUCCAGAGUCUCGAAUAUAACCUCCAUGACAUGCAUGCGCGCAUGCAGCGAUCAGAAGACACAUGCGCAUACCUCACUCAAAGGAGUUCGGUGCUAGCCGAGGGCAUGAUGAAAUGCCACCAAUGGAAUCAGGACCUUGCAAACCUCAUCAUGCAAAUGGUGCCGGACCCGGAAAACCCUAUCCAUAGGGAUGUCGCUAUGAUGCAGCGUGAAAUUGCUCGACAAACAGACAUGCUCCGAGCAUUGGAGCCACCAGAAGAUGCACCUCUCUCCGCACGCCAAUCCUACUUCAUGCAACCACCCAACCCUGCUGUCAAUUCGCCCUACGCUUCUGGUUACAACUCCACACAAUGGCCCUCGUCACCGCGCCAUCCACCUAUCGGAGGUGGUGACCAGCAGCUCCGUGAUGCAUUGGAAUCAUAUCAAUUACCCCGCGGUCCACGGCAAGCACAGUCAAGACACGGCUCUCCUCCACCGCCAAAUGAGAAUAUGCCGUCGACAUUAAAUCCGGAUGCUGGCUGGACACUACCGGGAGCUAGAUACCCUUUCAAAGGCCUCGACACUGGACCACCUACUCGACGAUCUAGUAUGGCGUCCAAUGUCCACUCGCUCCUCAACCCCGCGGAAACUGCGGAACGCAGUGAGGAGGAUGAAGCAGAUGACGUGCGUAAGCGAAAACGCAUGCAGUGA